AAAAAACUUACUCCCAUUCCUGUUUAUUGGUAUUUUGACAAUAUUUUACUGGAUUCAAUCCAACAUCCAAGAAUAAUAUAAAUACUAAAAGAUCAUACAUUCAAUUGUUAAUUGUUCAUUGGGCAAGGCAGAGUCAACAUGGCAUCAGCAACCAUGAUAAAAUCAGCUUUUCUAGGUCUCCUAGUCAUCUCGUCCGUUUUAGCGGAUGUUCAAGUAUCUGACAACAAUAAUUCUGCAGAACGCAAAGACGUAAAAACUAGAAGUUUUGAUUCUGCCUUCCCUUUAUCUAAUGCUGGUGCAUUCGCAUUCGGAACAAGAUUAGCCGUUCCACCACCUUCAGCCCCAUUCUUCAGCUCUUACUCAACAACUGCUGCACCAUUAGCUUACAACAGUGUAGUCUCAACUACCGCUGCUCCUCUUCUUCACGAUGAAGCCUUUGUCAGCACUACUGCUGCUCCAGCUUUGGUAUCCAGCACCCCAGCACCAAUUUUCCCUGGUUCCUUCAUUAGCUCUUCCACACCAGAACCAGUUUUGUUGAACAGGUCACCAGCUUUUGCUACAUCAUACAGUCAUUUGUAUGGUGGAUCUUAUGGCCCAUCAUUUAUUGGUUCUUCUACAAUUGCACCAGCUUUCGUUUCAACUACUGCUGUUCCCGCUUUGGCUAUUGACCAGGCUGCCAUUGUUAAAUCCGAAGAAGCUGUUGAAGUCAAUGCUGCUGCCGUUGUUGCUCAUGCUCCAGCUCCACACCACGAAGUACACAUAACCAAAGAAGUACCAGUGCCAUACUAUGUCCAAGUUGAAAAGAAAGUACCAUACCCCGUACUUAUCCGCGUACCACACCCUUACCCAGUAACUAUUGAAAAACACGUUCCAUACGCCGUUAAAGUCAAUGUAGAUCGUCCAAUCCACGUUCCACAACCAUAUCCAGUAGAAAUUGAAAAGAGAGUGCCAUACCCAGUUGAAAAACCAGUACCAUAUGAAGUCAAAGUCCCAGUUGACAGACCAUACCCCGUUCACGUUCCAGUUGAAAAACCAGUUCCUUAUGCCGUUGAGAAACCCGUGCCAUACCCAGUACGUGUAAAUGUUGACAGACCAUACCCAGUAGAAAAACCAGUACCAUACCCAGUUCCAGUCGAAAAACGCGUGCCAUAUCCAGUAGAAAAACUUGUACCAUACCCAGUAGACAAACCAGUGCCAUACCCAGUCGAAAAAGCUGUUCCAUACCCAGUUAAAUAUGAAGUCCCAGUCAAAGUUCCAGUUCCAGUAGAAGUUAAAGUUCCAUAUGCAGUUGACAGGCCAGUACCUUAUGCAGUAGAAAAGAAAGUGCCAUACCCAGUUUCAGUUCCAGUUGAAGUUAAGGUACCUGUGCCUGUUCAAGCCCCAGUUCAGCGUUUUGCCACCGUUCACUACUACCAACAAGAUCCAGCCGUUUUAGGUACUAUUGAAGGCGUUAACUACGGAUUAGCCGGAUACAAAACAAUUGCACCAGGUGCUUCAUUUUACGGUUCUGGCCUUUACAACUCAGGUUUAGCCGGAUAUAAAGCAAUUGCACCAGGUACUUCAUUUUAUAGUUCCGGUCUUCACAACUCCGGUUUAUUUGGAUUGAACGGAGUACAAAAGAAUAGCUUAAUCGGAUCACAAGCUCUAUUCGGUUCCUCUACACCUAUCCCAUUCUUGGGCUCAUCUACCCCAGCUCCUUUUGCUGAUUUUGGUUCCUCCACGCCUUUCCCAUUCUUGGGAUCAUCUACCCCAGCUUCUUUAGCUAAUUUUAAUGGAGUAAACGACAACACUGAUGUAAAUCUCUCAAAUAACCAAGAGACUGUAAACAUCGGAGGAUCAGUUAAAUCCGAUGAAGGACAAAAGGUUGAAAACUCAUCUGAUGAAGUUUCUGUUAACAGCGCAGAACAUAAAUAAACAAUUUUUUUCCAAAAACUAUUUUUUUAUAAUUCUUAAACACCACAGACUUAUGUAAAAAUAUCUAUUUUUUAAUUCUCAAUUUAAGUAAAAAAGUAAAUUUUUUUAAUAUAUUAAUUUACACUUAA